CCAAGUAGAAAAAUCGAGCAGUUUUUUUCAUUUUUCUAAUGACACACAACCGAUUUCAGCUUAACGGGGGGUCCAGAUUGCACGCACACAAGCGCAAAUGAACACGAUGACACGCACACAUUGAGACUCGCUGUCAGUUCGUUCUGAUGGCUUGAAAACAGGCAAAAAGUUGGGUUAUGUGUGGAUUGUAAACAUUCUGUUCGUUCAAUUCACACAAGCUUGUGCCUCAACAUCAUCUCUGCCGCGCCACCGCCUACUUGCAGUAUAUCUGUUACUUUCUUCGCUUGUUGUACUGUGAAUGAGAGAAGGAGACAUAUUAUUCAGGAAAAUGGAUUUCAACAAUAAUGUUGAGGCAAAACUAGGCGACACCAUCCCAGUCAAACCGUCGAGCAAAAAACUUGAAGCAGCAAUUUCAACCGGAUCAGCUCUACUGAAAAAUGAAAAGUGCCCUACUUAUCCAUCCCAGAAUCAUCAAAAUUCCCUACCUCCUGCCGUGCCACCACGAUCCUCCUCAUUGCCCCGACCAAAUCCUCAAUUAAUCUUAAAAACGAACAUAGCCUCACCAAUUCCUUUUCCCAUCGCACCCCCUCGAACCACAUCCUUGUCCACGCAAAGCUUUCCGGUGCAAUCCAUUUCCUUUCGAGCCAUAAGCACUCCCGCUUCCGAUCCGAAUAAUACUUUCAAAUUAAACUCGCCCACCAUACCACCACGAUCCUCUUCCUUAAUGAUGCCAAAUUCUAGUCCAGUUCAGAAUAUCACGUUUCUUCCAAAAGUCCCGGUUAACACCGAAAGUGCAUCGCAUCCUCCUACCUUACCACCACGAUCUUGUUCUGUGUCCCUUCCUGAGCCCAACAGAAAACUCAAUCCAACUGAAAAUUUAACACAGUUGGAUCGUAUUGAAAAACAGUUGAACAUUCUGUCCAAAGUAGCUUGUCACACACAAUUUGUGACGAACUUAGUUUUAGACAAUCUCUGCAACAAAGACUCAAAUUCGGAAAGGAAUCCGCUAAUCAAAAAAAUGGAAACUCUUGACAUGUUAGAAGAAAUGGAGAGAAAAUUGAAACAUGAAAGUUUAUACAUGGCAAAGACGAUUUGCCUUUUGUUAAGUGCAUUAAAAGGGACCGACAAUGUCCAAGAAAGACUAUCGAUAACACUAGAUUUGUUAUUCGAUCGCGAUUUUUUUUCCAAGUUUAGUUGGACAGGUGUUGGGUUUCCGGAAGCCAAGAUUCCAUUAGAAAAAUACGUCUAUAUUAUAAGUUUAUUUAAAUUCGUAGGAGGCACUAGCUUUAUAGAUGACACAGCUACGGUUUCACACGAAACAGUCAAGACUUUUCUAGUUGAUAAGCUAAAUCACGGAAAAGCACGAAGUUUAGUGAAAGGGUUGCGACAUACGGUGAAACGUAAAAAAGAAUUAUAGAAAAGAAUUAUGUAUAUAUGUAUAAGUUAAGUAUAUAUAUAAGUGUUUUAUUGAAUUAAUGAUUUAGGCAUUUAUACAGUUGGAAUAUUAGCUGUGAUUCAAGUUGUGAUAUGAACUAUGUAGGAGUAAACGUUUAUGAAUUUAAUGGGUAAAAAUUAUAUAUGAAAUACCAACAAUCUGUUCUAGUUCUUAAGGCAUUUCCUCCUUGCAUUUUGCCUUAUCCCGGGCAUACUCGGCAACUUUAUUCUACUCAUUUUAAUACAAAACUAAUAAAAAAAUAAACUAAUAAAAAUAUUUACCUAAACUUAAACCUUAACUACCUAUUCUAAACCUAACAGCUUACAUAUUUUAAUUAUGAUCUAACUUUCAAGUGUAUGUAAAAGAGGACUGAAAUAAAAUGUAUUACCCUGAUCUAAACUAA